CAAAGAAGAAAUAAGGGGAAAAAAAAAAUCUUGGACUAUCUCCCUCUUGGUGUUUUUUCCCCUCAGCAGCAGACGCCAUCAUACACACGCCUCCACCAAGCGACCCACUUUUGCCUGCACAGACUGGCUGCGUCUAUCAUCAGUCUGUUUAUCACAGGGGUUGAAAAUCUGCCUCCAACAAGCUACUUUACACUUGAUUUUAAAACUGAUCGCGCAACACACUCGGGUGAACAUGUAGAAAUGGAUUUUAUGAAGCUGUUUGGCACCGUUAUCGCCGUUUUGUUCCACCCUGGAUCUGCGUCUAAAAUAAAUGGCCAAAGGAUCUGUCGGCGCGGGACAGAACGCCCAUGCUACAAGGUGUCCUACAUCCAGGACAGCAGGCGGAGGCUGACCUUCGAGGACGCCAGGCAGGCCUGCAGGUCAGAUGGAGGCGAUCUGCUCAGCAUUGAAACAGAUAGCGAGCAGCGACUGAUGGAGAGGUUCAUACAGCAGCUGCAGGUUGGGGACGGAGACUUCUGGAUCGGGCUCCGGCGCAGCCCACAGCGCUACAGGGCAGGGACCACAAGCCCAGGGUGCCCCUCGCAGUACUAUUGGCUCGAUGGAAGCAAGGCCAAGUUCAGGAACUGGCACUGGGACGAGCCGUCGUGUGGUGUUGAAAUGUGUGUGGUUCUGUACCACCAGCCCUCUGCACCACCUGACGAAGAAGGUCAUUUCCUGUUCCAGUGGAACGAUGACAACUGCAACUCCAAGAACAACUUUGUCUGCAAAUACCCAGAAGAAAACGUACCAGUAUUUACUGAUGAAGGGAACACAGCACAUGCAGUUCCAACUCUGAGGCCCAGCGUGUUCUCAACUACAGAGAGGGAUGAGUCGAUAAAAAUAGGACUACCUGAGUCAUCGGUCUCUCUCUCAGACAACACCCUGUAUGUUUCCCACAUCCUUUAUGCAACUAUUCCUGCUCUGCUGCUGCUGCUGUUUGCAGCUGCUGGGUUCUUUUGCUACAGACAGCAUGCUAAGAGGAGGAAGACAGAAACCGAAAGCUACCCCAGUAGAUCAAAACCAUGGAUGCCAACAACAGCUUCACCUUAUGCCAUACAAGGACCUUACGCCUUCAGUGACGUUACCAAACUGCCUCACACUGCUCUGGACAGCAGGAUACUGGCAGACAUCAUGACAAAGUACUCCUGUGCUCCCUCCCAGGGCUCCCAGUGUGACGAUUAUGAGAACGUGUCAUGCGCGGACAGGGAGAGUGGCUUUGUGACCAACGACAUCUAUGAGACCUGCAGAGCUCAGAGCCGGCAGGCUGGGUGGGUGGAAAAUGAGAUCUAUGGAUAACACUGUUGAUGCCUGUCUGGUCUCUGUGAGUGUCCAGCAACCUCAUACCAGCUUUCCAAUUUGACCCAAUUAGACAGAGGAACACAAUGUUCUUCAUCCCUUUCUUUCUCGCACACUCUACUGGUUACCUGUGUGGUACAGGAUUACUAAACAGGUGUCGGCCUGGACCCAUGUCCCAAUAACCUUUCUCCUGUGUGUGUAUCUCCAGCAUCCUCAGUAUCCAGCAUCUAGAUACAUGCUUAAAGCAGGGUUUGCCAGAGUUUUGUCAACUGAGUCCACAUUUAGGCACGAACGUCCCAGAACCCCACCAACAGUAUGGAUAGAAACUGAUAGGUUUUUAUUGAUACCAGUGUCAUUUUUGAUUCUGCUUAUCGAACUUCUUUAUCAGUUCCCGUAUGGAUUCCUGAUCAAUUUCCCCCGUGGAAAUAACAUUAGCGUUAAUGCAACUGUUUUAUUAUCUGAGUCUGAACACAGUGUAGAAACAGAGAAGAAAAAAAGACAUGCAUGUGACUUAAGUGUGCAAACGCUCCAUGCUUUAACUGUUCUCUUAGUCAAAGAAAAACGUGCUAAGUCUGUCUGUGCGGAGCUAAUGUUAUUAUAGCAUAGGAUUUUUACCAUUGUGCUGCUUAGUUGGGAAGCAGUGACACUUGUGCAUAGAAAUGAAAUUGAAAUUACUAUCGAAAUUAUUAUUAUCAUUUUACAGACAUUACAAGAGCAGCACUGUUGUAAUCUUUCUUUCUUUCUGAAAUGAAACUCCGCUUUGAACCUUCUUGCUGCAACUUUCCAGCAACGUAGACACAUUUAACAGUAUUGGUUUGCAACGUGCAAAUGUCAAAAAAACAUGCUGGCAUCCAUAAAAAGAAUUGAUAAGCUCGUAGGUAUAUGGUUCGAAUUCCAAUCUGGAGCCGGUUCUCAACCCUAAACAACAGAGUUCUCGAAUCAUCAAUCAAAUUGUGAAUCUUAGCAUGACAUGCCUUAGAUUUACGAGUAAAAGAUGGGCUAUAUAAAAAUGCUAAUAUAUGUCAAAUUUUUUUAAUGAAUGUUAUUAUCAAACGAGGCUAAAAGAUUGCAGCCAUGACAUCAGCUCUGUGAGGCUUAGGCAUGGUGGUUCUUUUAGCUACAUGCUAAUGUGAGCAUGCUAACAUGCUCACAAAGGCCUGAUAUCAUGCUGAUGUUUAGCAGGUGUAAUAUUCACUAUGUUCUCUGUCUCAUUUUUGUGUGUUGGCAUGCUAACAUUUGCUAAUUAGCACUGAACACAGCAGCUGAAGCUGAGGGGAAUGUCAUUAGUUCUGCAGACAUUUGGUUAUAAUCAAAGCAUUACAGUGAAAGUUGGGGGAUCCAAUAGUUGUUGACACACUUCACUCAAAACCACACACAUGGUAUAGUGACACUUUAACAUUGGGAUUAUGUAUUUUCACAGCAGCACUCUGCCUCUUUGGUUUCAAAGAGGCAUUAAUGUAGUCAAAUAAGCAUAACUGAGUCGAGUCAGGUUAGCGGUGCAGCAGUGCUGCUAUAUUUGGCAUGGUGGAUUUCACAUUGAACCCUGGGAAUAAGUGCAAGUUUUGAGGACUCACGCAAGGUUACUCAUCUUGUAAACAAUCCAGAAUUAAACUACUCAGCCGUUUUCCAAUCACGUCACCAGAUAUUAUGAGACACAAGGUCAAACAGAUCCUGUUGUCUCUACGGCAGUGUAGUUGUCCCAUUCACAGACUACUCUGACCCUUUCUCUAAACCUCAAGAGUGGUGUGAGCCCAGUAUAAGGCUUCCUGUUUGGACUCUGAUGUCAGGGAACAGGACAGUGCACGCGGAAACACUGAUGACAGAACUCUGCUGACCCUGAAACCUCAAAGCUGUGGGCUUUCCCUGACUCCACCUGACUGUGUGGGAAACUCAACCUUUUGAGUAUGUUAUGGAUUCAUUCAUCAGCUUGUGAAAGCAUACGCCUGCCUUGUAAAUGUGUAAAAUAACCAUAGACAUACGUUACUGAACACAAUUGCCCGUGUUAGUUUCUGAGUGGGCUGCUGGGACUGUGUCUUGGAAAGAUGUAGCAAGCCCAGUAAGGAGAGGCUGAGUGUGUUCUUGGAGAAUGUUAGACAGGAAAUGCCAAAAGCACAUCUGGAACUCUUACAUUCAGGAAGUCUGUGCGUGACAGCGGAGGCCUUCGGAGCGCUGUUCUGCCUGCCUGCUCGGUAAUCCACCGCUCUGCAUUAGACUGUCACCGCAUGAAGUGAGGAGAACAACUGCUGGGUGUGAAUGUGUGCUGAAUCUCAAACAUGAUAUGUGGGUAUCAAAUAAAGUUUGGUUACAAGA